GGAGAAGAAAAAGGAGGGAGCAUUCAGGACCCAGGCCGGUAGCAGCCGUCUGACUCAUUCCGACUCCGGAGGAGUCAAAACAGGGCACGGGAGCCGAGGGCUAGCUAGCUGAACACCGGACCUGGCUGCAUCCCACUAGAGUCCAGGAGAGAGUGGUGCUCCCUGGGGCUGGCAACAUGAAGGACCGCAGCCUAGGCCGGGCGCUCGGGGGUUGGACAUCAGGCUGGACCUGGGCCUGGGCAGCUUGUCUGGCGGUGGCCUUUGCUUCCCCAGGUGACUUGUGCGAGUCCAGCUUGUGUCAGAAUGGCGGCACCUGCCUCUCGGAAGUCGACGGCUCCCCAUUCUUCUGCAUCUGCCCUGAUGGCUUCACCGGAAAAGUCUGCAAUGAGACGGAGAGAGGACCCUGUUUUCCGAACCCUUGUCUCAACAAUGCCGAGUGCCAAGUGCUGGCCGACUCCCACCGUGGGGAUGUCUUUGCCCAGUAUGUCUGCAAGUGCCCGGAUGGCUACAAGGGAAUUCAUUGCCAGGACAACGAGAACGAGUGCUCGUCGCAGCCCUGCCUGAACGGUGGCACCUGCCUCGAUCUGGACGGUGACUAUGCCUGCAAGUGCCGCUCUCCGUUCCUGGGCAAGACCUGCAAGUCCCGCUGUGCUUUGCCCCUGGGCAUGGAGGGAGGCGCCAUCGCGGAUGCCCAGAUCUCAGCUUCAUCCGUGCACUUUGGGUUCCUGGGGCUGCAGCGCUGGGGCCCGGAGCUGGCUCGCCUCCACAGCAAGGGCAUCGUCAAUGCCUGGACCGCUGGCAAUUAUGACAAGAAGCCCUGGAUCCAGGUGAACUUACUGCGGAAGACCCGGUUGACGGGCAUCGUGACCCAGGGUGCCAGCCGGGCGGGCAGCGCCGAGUAUCUGCGGACCUUCAGGGUGGCGUAUAGCUUGGAUGGACGUGACUUUGCCUUCAUCCAGGACCCAGAGGAGAAGAGAGACAAGGUCUUUGUGGGGAAUGUGGACAACAAUGGGCUGAAGGAAAACCUGUUCGAGCCACCCAUCGUGGCACAAUACGUGCGGAUUCAUCCGGUGGUCUGCCGCCGGGGUUGCACCCUCCGCUUUGAGCUCUAUGGCUGCGAGAUGAACGCGUAUUUCAACACGGCAGGUUGCUCUGAUCCGCUGGGCAUGAAGUCCCACCUCAUCCAUGACAAGCAGAUCACGGCCUCCAGCACCUUCAAGACAUGGGGCCUGGAUGCCUUCAGCUGGCACCCCUACUUUGCACGUCUGGACAAGAAGGGCAAGUCCAACGCCUGGGCAGCCAAGGGCAACGAGGCCACGGAAUGGUUGCAGAUUGACUUGGGCACUCAGAAGCGGGUGACGGGCAUCAUCACCCAGGGGGCCCGUGACUUUGGCCACAUCCAGUACGUGGCAGCGUACCGUGUAGCUCACAGUGACGAUGGGAAGACCUGGACAGAGUACCAGGACAGCAUCACCAAAAGUGCUAAGAUUUUCCCCGGAAACUCAGACAACAACUCGCACAAGAAGAAUGUGUUCGACCAACCCUUCUAUGCUCGGUUUGUCCGCAUCCUGCCCACCGCCUGGCACGACCGCAUCACCCUCCGGGUGGAGCUACUGGGCUGUGACGAGUAGACACCACCACCCCUGCCCACCCACCGCCGUGGGAGAGACAGUCCUCCGGGCUGCACCGUCAGGGAGAGACGGCGGGAGGGACCACUGUCACAGCUGCCCUUCUCAUGCAUCCUUCCCCCAGCCCCGCCACUGCAUACCUGCUGUUGCCACGCACCUGCCCUGCUGCUCAGAGAGGGGCAGAGGACAGACCGGGACAGGAGGGAUGAUGUGUAUUGCCUGGUUGUAGAGAAGGCGGGGGCUCAGCCCUAUCCCCUUACUUUCCCAUAGAAGAGGAGUCUCUCCCCCACCCCGCCCCAGCCCUGCUUAGUCUCCAGGCCCGCUCACACAGCAGUCAUACUUUAGGCUGCCCCUCUAGUUGGGGGCCUUUAUAUCCCUUCCCCUGCACCCCCUGAUUACUCUUGGCCAUGGGGAGGCCCUCCGACCAUCACCCCCAAGGGCUGCAGGGCUCUGGAAGAGGAGAGCUGGUGCCUGGGGAGCUGAGGAGGAGGAAGGCAGGUGCCAGGAGAUUGGGCUUGAUAAUGAGUGGUAUUUGUUAAGUGCCUAUGUGCCAGGCGCCAUUCUAGGCGCUGGUGUAGUACAAGUAAUCAGG